GUGUAAAACAAACUUUCUUUUUGGAUUUGCAAAACGUGGGAUUUAUCGCCGUUUAAGAAAUAAAACUAAAUAUUUUGUUUGGUGAUAGAUUGCAAACUGAGCAGAGAAUGGCCAAGGUAAUUACUCAGGAAACUUUCGAUGAAGUGGUUAAGGAGAACAUCGUUGAAUUUUCCAUGACGGCGACGGAAGCUCGCGAAGAAACAACCAAGCAGUUUGAAGCACAGGGUAUUAAUCUGGCCAAUAUCAUAAAGGAUCUUAAUCUAAACCUGGAAUCGGGAAUUCCUUUGUUGAACGAAAGUAUAGAGUACCUUAGAAGCAAAUUGGUAAAUCAUCAGUGUCCUGAAGAAGAGAUUUGUAAACAUCUGGCGACAGUCAUUGCCGAAUGUAAAUUGGAUGUCCCCCAUCGGGUUCUAGCGUCCAAACUAGGAGCAUACGAUUUGGUUGUGAAUAAACUUGAAAACGAAAUAGUUAACAAGGAAAUGCUUUCCUUGCUAGUCCAGACAGCAAACGCAAUAAUUCAUAAGCAACCGGACGUAUUCAAUCCCAAAUCUCUGCAAAUAGUUUCCAGACUGCUUAAGACUGAAACCGACAUAGUGGUUGUUUGUGAGUUACUUCGAUGGCUGCAGAAAGCAUGUGUUCUACACGAAAUGAACCGUCAAAUGAUAAUGGACGACCAAGGCUGCUUGAAACAGUUCAAAAUCCUCGUAGAUAGUGAUGCAGCUGAAAUCGUUAAAAACGUCUGUACUUUGUUCCGGUUCCUGAUUCUAGACGACGAUAUUCGUGUCGAAUUUGGAAAAGCGCACGAACACGCUAGAACAUUAGCCACUGAGACGCUUGCAGAUAUCACCAAGCUACUGUUCAAGUAUAAAUCUGAUCAAGACCUCGUUUGUGAACUGCUGUUGACGAUAGCUGCCUUAACUGUUCGUAACGAAUUCUGUCAGGUUGUUGAAGAUGCUGGUGGAAUUAAGUUUAUCAUGGAUGCAAUGGUCGAGUAUAGCGAUUCAACGAAACUACUCAGGGAAGCAUGCAAACUGCUAAAAGCUUUAGCGGGUAAUGAUACUGUCAAAGUACACAUUGUUCAAAACGGCGCUGCCCCACUAAUUGAAUCAGCAUUGAAUCGUCACAAGGAUAACGAGGUGUUUGCCCGCCACGCGUUGGCGUGCGUAGCAACGUUGGUGCUGCGAGACAAAAAUAACAGUAAAGCGCUUUACGAAACUGGAAUUGCGGAAACUAUUGUGCAGGCUAUGAAGAUACACCCGCAAAGUAAGAUUAUACAACGAAAUGCAGCUUGGUCAAUUCGGAAUAUGGUUUCCCGGUCCCGGGAGCAAUGCGAUACAUUCCUAUCAUAUGGCGUGGAAGAUGUUCUCAAUCAAGCACUGGUUGACCAUCCGACAGUUGCCAACGACAUCAAAUCUGCCUUGCGAGAUCUCGGCUGCAAGGUCCAUCUGAACGAAGAAUGGAAGGCCCGCUCGGAUAUUCAAAUCAAGCAUGACGAGUGAGAAGUUUUAACCUCGGAUCUCGGAAACGCCACAAAAAUGUGCUAGCCUAUAGCGACAUGCUGAUAUGCUGAUACAUAACAUACCGUACUAGAUUUUUGUUCUAAUCUAAUUUUGUAUUAUGAAAUGUACUGAAAUAUUUGUUAUUAAUCCGUUUAUCGCUUUCGCAAAAUAAAUUA